ACCAAAUGGCGGGAAAACAUCGUCUCUCUGAAAAAUCAUCACAAGUAAUUUAUCAACUGUUUAGUUAAUUUUCAUCAUCUCAUAUUAGUCCAUUUACCAUCUGCUGUGUGGUUUAAAUAUGGAGGUGUCAAGUAACACAAUUAUAGAGGAAUUCGAUGUAAUAGGAGUCACAAUUGCGACCAGCGGCAGUGAAAACGAUGUAGAUAAAUUGAGAGAACUAAUGGUUCUGCAUCAUCUUGACAUUGACAGUCUGGUCAAUGAAUGGGGAGCAUUUGAGAUGACACAGGGUGGUAUAGAGUUAUCCCAAGAAACCCUGGCACAGUUUGAGCAGUAUCUCAACAACAACUCAAAGAAGACGCCAAAAACUCUGAAGCUUCCACCAAAGAAGAAUAGUUAUUCUGCAAAGAAAUCUGGCAAUAUCAGUUUACUGGCUGAACGGGUUGCAAGAGAUUCUUCAGAGGCAAGUGAACUAAUUGAUGCGUAUUCAACCCCAGUGGCAAAGAGCAAGAAUAAACGACAAAUAACGCCAGAUAACCGGAUUAACAAGAGACUUGCAUCUGUGAACGGUAGCCCUGCUGUGCCUUUCUCUCCUGCUAGCUUUUCUCCAACCACUCCUUCGACCGGAAAGUAUUCCACCAGGAGAAAUCCAGGCCAGGUGAUUGCUACAUUUGGAGAUUCAAAGUCGGUGACUUGGGCGUCGGACAAUCAGCAUCCCUGCUCUGUGAAGCCAUACGGAGAACGUGGUGUAUUGGAGACCGAUAAAUAUUCCUUCAUGAUGGAGAAAAUAGUGGAUAGGGUGAAUGAAACAAUUUCAGUAACUUGUACCUGUCUCCUGCUUCCAGUAAUGGACAACAUCCUAGAUGACAUCGGUGACAGGAUAAAAGAAUGUCACGGCGUCGAAAACCUGUCACCUGUCAACCUGCAGUCUGCUGAGCCAUCGACGGUGCUUGGCCGUGUGUACUGCGACAGUGUUGGCAGGCUCAACGCGAGGUCGGUGGUGCUGCGGGGAGACAUCGACGUGUCGGGGCGCGCGGCCGCGCCCAUGCAGCUUGACAAACUCACCAGCUACUCCCUGUUUCCUGGCCAGGUGGCGCUGUUCGAGGGCAUGAACUCGACGGGGCGCAGCUUUGUGCCGACGACGCUGCUCGACACGCCGACGCUCACUGCGCCCGCCGCGCGCGACGCGACACUCAAGCGUCUGUCCGUCGUCAUGGCAUCUGGCCCUUACAUGACGAGCGAUAGCCUCGGCUACGAGCCGCUUGCGGACUUUGUCAGCUACCUGCAGUCACACCCGCCUGACGUCUGCAUUAUGUUUGGCCCCUUCGUGGAUGCCAAGUCAGAACUCAUCAAAGACUUGAGUGACGUCACUUAUGAGCAACACUUCACAAAAAUACUCGAAGUUAUUGGACAAGCUGUAGAAAAUUUGCCCUUGAAAGUAGUGCUAGUUCCAUCUCAGCGAGAUAUUCAUCAUCCUGGCAUCUACCCAAUGCCACCAUUCAACAUAGGAAAGCUGAACCGAGAACUGCAGAAGAGGUUUUACUGCGUGAGUGAUCCGAGUACGCUCAACAUCGAUGGACUGUGCGUGGGCCUCACCUCUACGGACGUUCUCUUUCACAUGGGCGCUGAAGAAAUCAACUUGCAGCCAAAGACGGCAGAUAGGCUUUCAAGACUGACCGAGCAUUUGUUGCAGCAGGGAAGCUACUAUCCUCUGAACCCACCAUCUGAGGAACUGAAUGUCAACUAUGAGAAAUAUGAAGUGUACAGCAGAAUGAGUUGCACUCCACACUUGCUGCUUCUGCCCUCUGAACUGAAGCAGUACACUAAGAGCAUCAAUGGCUGCCUGUGCGUGAACCCGGGGCGUCUCUCUAAAGGUCAGACGGGCGGGACAUACGCGCGCAUACUAGUGCAGUCCGACAGCAGUGCCAAAGCCGGGUUCACCACGGUCGCAGAGGUUGUGCGCAUAUGAUGGAUGGUAGAGCUAUGUCAGUAGUGGCCAGUUUCCUCAUGUCUGCGCUGGGGAGAUUCAUGUACGUAAAACAGCGAAUGUGUGUAUAACGCACAGUAAAUACAUGUAUGUAAAUCACAGGCAAUGCACAUAUCAUGUAAAAUACGAUAAAUGUGUGUGUAAAGCACAGGAAAUUUGUGUAUGUAAAGCACAGCAAACAACUGUAUGUAACACACUGCAAGUACAUAUGUAUGUGAAAUGUCAAAUGCAUGUGUGAAACACAGCAAAUACACAUAGUGUAUGUAAAACACAGUAUGUGCAUGAACUGAACUGUCAUUUGGCAGAGCCCAGGUUUUGGACUGGGAAGUAAAAUAAUAUUAUCAGGAGAAUAUAAUUUGUAGAGGGAUGAAUCUGAUUGCUAUUAAAAUUACAUGUGUAACUUUUAAGAUAUGAUUUAUUAAGUUAAAAUCAAGAGUAAGUAUCUUUGGACUGGCAAAUGUCAACUUUCAUUUGUUCUCACGAGUCAGACUUCCGUAUGUUAUGUUCUCCUGAGUGUUAAAUAAAAUAACAUCAGGCUUGCCAGGUGAUAUCACUAGAUCGUAUAAUUUUGUAUUUGUUUCAAUUACAUACUAUACAUGGUAAAGGACAGUUUUAAAAAUUAAAUGAUUAUAUAUUAUAGAUUUGUAUAUUUACAAUAGAAGUUAAGUGAAUAUAGUUGUAUAGUUACUACUUGUGGUACAGGAUGGAAUAAAAGAAAUAUAUUCAGUUAA